AUGGGAAGCGAAGGAAGAACGAAUCCGACCAAACCUCAUUACAACAUUUCCAUGUCAAGAAGAACAAGAAGGCCUAUCAUCAAUAAUCUCAAGAUAGAGCCGCAAGAAAGCCUUGAUGAGCUGAAGAAAGACGGUCGUCUGAUCAUUAGAUCGGACAAAAUUAGCAUUACGCAGCAGAAGUUUAGCCUGAAGCAGCUGAUCGAGGGACGGUGUUCGUUGGCACAACACUUCAGGGAAGAAGAGGGAUCAGAGAAGGAUAUGGUGGUUAGAUCAGGUGAUCAUGAUCAUGAUCAUGAUCAAGAUGGAUUUGGAGGGGUGAAGUGGAAAAGAUCAAUGGUGGGGAAUUAUGGGAGAGUGUUGAGGCGUCUGAUUAAGGUAAAGCAAGAAUCAUAUUUUAGGGCAUGGUGGAAACCUGCACUUUCAUUAAAACUUGUUAAGCACAAGUGA